AUGGCAGCUAAUCAGAAUGCGAGAGGCGCUACUCACGCCACAAUCCCCAAUGAGAAGAAUAAGGAUAUCUUGAUUGGAAUGAGGGAUGGAGUGAGUGCAGAGUUCAAAUUGGUACCCAAAAAAGAUGCUGUUGUCUCUGUCUUUGAUUCCAAUUUCUUAAUUGGCGACGGCAUAUGGGAGGGCCUGCGUGCGAACAAUGGCCGAGUUCAGUUCGCGAAAGAUCAUAUCGAUAGGCUGUUUCAGUCAGCAAAGGCUAUGCUCAUGGACCUGAGGCUAUCAAAAAGCCAACUGUUAGACCUUCUGCACCGCACUAUCGAUGCAAACAACAUGUCAAAUGAGGCACAUGUUCAUAUACGACUUGUUGUGAGUCGAGGAUUGAAGUCGACGCCGUACCAAAAUCCAUCGGUGAACAUUGGACUCCCUCUGAUUGUUAUCAUUCCCGAAAUCAAAGCCACGGAUCCUAGUGUUAAACAGAAGGGACUCCGGCUGAUUACCUCUCACAUCCGUCGUGGACCACCUGAUGUCAAAGAUGAGAUGUGGAAUCAUAUUUCGAAGGCAACCGAUGUCCAAGCCUGCAUCAGCGCAAAUGUGGCGGGUGUCGAUGAAGCCCUUAUGCUUGAUCUGAAUGGAUUCGUCAAGACAUGUAACUCAGUCAAUUUCUUCAUCGUCCGCAAUGGAGAGGUAUGGGCUCCCACGAAGAACAAUCAAAUGCAAGGUAUCACACGUCAAAAGUCCAUUGAAGUUUGUCGUGCAAAUGGUAUCCCUGUUCAAGAAUUGGACUUCACCUUGACGGAAGUCUACGGUGCAGAUGAGGCUUUCUGUACUGGCACAUUCCCAUCACAGAUCCAUGUUAGUGAGGUGGAUGGACGUCAGAUUGGAGAUGGAAAACGUGGGGCGGUGACUGAGAGGAUUCAACAGCUGUAUGCUGAAUUAGUGAAGUGGGAUACAGCGCGGUCGAGAGCGGAAAUCCAGGCUGAGGUUGAGCCUAUCAAGGCCCGACUAUAG